AUGGGCCUCCUGAAGACGGUGGCCCUGGGGAUUCUGGGGAUCUCGGGUCUGACGUUUGUGGCUCUGUUUGGGAGAUUGCCGGUUUUUCGGAAAACACCCAUCAGUUUCCUCUACAAGGUUGUUUGGAAAUAUAUCCCGAAUGGCAUAUCCUAUUUCGACAAUCGUCUGUUGGGUGGAUGUCUUACAUUCUGCUGUAACCGAACCGGUAAAUACGUGUGGAAUGAGAACCAUCCAUUAGUCUUAAUUUUCUUCGUGUCCCUGCUUGUUGCUGGAGAAUAUCUGUUUAUCCCAACCGCGUGGCCUCGGAUAUCCACUAUCCAUAAAGUCUGCGCACCACUGGUUGCGGUUCUUCCGUAUUUCCUUUUAUAUGCAUGUGUCGUCUCUACGUCCUAUAUCACCCCGGAGAACCAUGCGCAAGAGAUGACCCGUUAUCCCUAUGACGGGGUCAUCUUCCACCCGGGACGCCAUUGCUCGACAUGCAAAUUCGUUAAACCAGCACGGAGCAAGCAUUGCAGUUUCUGCAAGGCGUGUGUUGCUCGACAAGACCAUCACUGUGUAUGGCUAAUAAACUGCGUGGGCGCGAAUAACUACCACUACUUUCUGUUGCUAUUGCUGUCGUUGUCAGUUCUGUUGAUAUACGGCUCGCUCCUGGGCCACUCGCUUCUAUCUCAGACUAUGGAGGUGUUAUUCCUCCCAGAGUCAGGACAAAAGCUGGCGAGGAAAAGUUGGACGAUGUGGUUCAAUGUUUGGUCAUUGGUUAUUGCGGCUGAAAUCCGCAUCGGAACAGUCACUUUGCUGGCAUUCAUGACAGCUCCGCUGGCGAUGGCUUUUCUUGUGUACCAUACAUACCUCAUCUGGGCUGGGAUGACGACCAAUGAAAGCGCGAAAUGGUCUGAAUGGAAAGAUGAAGUGGCGGAUGGCUGUACUUUCAAGUCUACAAAGGAGGAAAUUUACGGAAACUCGCCGGUUCCGGGUGAGAGCCAGAAUCCCCAGUUGGCAUGGCCUUUGAGCAGUGAUCAAAUCCUCCUCCUGACAGACGGGGAGCCGCCAGCGGAAGGAUACAAGAUUUCGUCGAGGUCCAACGAUAUCAUCCAACCAGAUGAUCUCGAUGCACCUUAUGAUCCAAGAUGGGUGCGAGUGCGUAGUAUGGAAGAGGUUGAUAACAUUUACGACUUGGGAUUCUGGGAUAAUAUGCGGGAAGCUUUCAAGCUACCUGUCAAUAAGAAGCUAAAAUCAGAUACAAAGCCAAAAUGCACACCAGCCGAACUAAUGCUGAAGGUCAUAUUGACGGGGACCUUGAGCCACUACGAAACCCGCGGCAUGGUUGACGACAAGAGGCUAGAGCAUAUGCUCUCUGCUGGGAAGCAGAUCCUGUACAAGACACAUCAGGAGAGCGAUGUCAGACACAAUCUGGGCUUGUCGCCAGACAUCUGGCAGGGCUUCACAGACGUACUUACCAAAGCGAUCCCCGUCCUCGAGGCACAAUCCUUCGCAUGGAAGAGUCCCCCGUCCGUUAACUACGACCAUUCAUCCUCCAACCUCAUCGCAUUCAACUACUUCUCGCUGGUCAAGGACAUCGAACGCUUAAAUGACCUCUGCACGAUCGCACGCAACCUCCUCGCAACGACAAAGAAAGCGCAAAACAUGGCAGCAGAAAAAGGAUUCGACCAACGGAUAAUAGCGCUGGUAGAUACUUGCGUGAGGGUUACUGCGCGGGGCUUUGAUGGGGAAACCAAUGCAAGGAACGAGGAGCGAUGGCAAAAAGUGGUCAAUCUUUACAAGCGCCUAUUGAUUACGUGCUUGCAGUUCCUGCACAACUUUAUCAUGCACAAUGAGCAGCGGAAGAUGGUGCUUUGGUUAGAUCUGUUUGGGUAUCAUUCUACGGGGGAUACGAACAUUAUUCAGCCCAAGGAGCCGUUGGACCAGACAAUUAGCAAGUCGGAUGGUGUCGCGCCGAUCGUGAAGACUGGGGAGAGGAUCGUUAAUCCGCCGAUCCGGGCCCUGUAUGAUCAGACUGCAGAGGAUCUGUUGUUGGAAACUAUCUCCAAUUUCCCAAGAGAGCCUGCAACGAUCAAGGAGGAAGCGGCUAUGCUCCUUCUCGCAAAUAUCAAGGACCAUAUGGAGAAGCUCCUGGGACGGGAUUUGACGGCGAUACAGGAAAUGGGUAAAGAUCCAGAGCAGGUUAAGGAAAUCCGGGCUGUUCUUACAGCAAUACUCGGAGCGAAGGUGGAUGGAUGGUCAGAUCUGCAGGACAGGGCUAGGGAUCUUCCUCCAGCUCUACCAGAAGAUGAGCCACCGCGCAAGAAGUCUAUUCUUACCAUCGACCGUAGCCCUACUGCAGGGUUCCCUCGGAUCUGCUGGGCUGAUCUCCCUGACCUUUCCGAGUUCAGCACCGUUGCUUCAGGGGAUGCCGUUGUGGCGGAGGAAGAUACCGGCAUGCCGCGUUCCGCACAGUCUGCUGCAGAGACAUUACAAGAAGCAAAGGAUGAGUUGAUGGCACGACUGCAAGAGACCUCGCAAAUGGGUGACGAUGGUGGCCAAGAGUAUGACCAUGCUGAUGGCGGGACGGUUGCCGAUGAUGAUUCGCGCAGUUUAGAGGCUGUCGCGGACGGAAGCAUGGAGGAGGAAGAGGAGGAAGAUGACGAGGACGACGAUGACUACAGAGGCCGCCCAGGCGAUCAACAACGGGGUCUGUUGACUGACAUUCCGCUUGUGCUUGGACCUGCGGAAAUCGAAGCUCUUCCAAUGAUUGUCCAGGCCGGUAUUGUCGACAGCUUUGGUCUCAAGGGCGGAGAGAGAGUUGGUUCGAGGAAUAUGCAGGCUCUUCGGUGUCACAUACUGCUUACCCAGGAGACAGGUCGCAACUUGCUACGCGAACUGCUGAUAUUCAUUGCCGCCUGGGAUCUUCCUGACGACGAGCUGUACUUCAAGAUGAUGGUGCAGAUCAUGGACGCGGUGCUCAAGAACGGUCUGAUGUCUCAUGCUUACUCCGACUUUGGACAACCAAAGGAUAUCAUUUCUCCGGCGCAAGCCGUCGUGGUCAAGAUCUUGACCCACAUCUUCCGAUCCAAGUACUCUCCCGCAUCUGUGACAGGAACACAGCCCAAUCCUUCAAAGAACCCAGCGCCCCUUUCCCGAGUCGACGUCCUCACCGUGCGCUACAUCUUCACGAUUUUCCGCGGUAACAUUAUCCCCGAAACCUGCGCUCUGAUUUACCUCCAAGGCCAGAUCCGCGCCGGACGCGCACUGCCAGAGGACUUCCCACUGAACCUGUGGGACAUGGAACGAGUCUACGAAGGCGUCUACCAGUUCCUCGAGUUCUUUGCCGUUCUCACCGAAAACAACGACUGGAAGAACCUGCUCGUCAAGUGGGAGAUUGUCUACGACCUUGUCACCCUGAUCAAGGAACUAGAGGCCAGCAUCCCCAAAGGCCAGUUGAGCUCUUUACCCAUGGGAAUUCCCCCGCGCCACACCAGUCCUCCCAAGGAUAGCCCGCAGCCAGGUACAAGCGGCGUUCCAGUCGCCGUAGAACGACCCUACGACCCCAGCGACCCCGACCCCGCAGAUAUCGGCCCAGGCUCGGGAGCCGAGUCGCCACCGAUCACAGAGGAUCCGUCCGAGUUCGAAUGGAGGAACCUUAAGAAGCUGGUCGUGCUCGUGCUCUCGUCGCUUGUGUGGAAGUGCCCCGAAGUACAAGAUCAGAUUCGACGAUACGGCGGUCUCGAGACGAUCCUUUCCUGCACGAACUUCGAUGCGCACAACCCCUACAUCAAGGAACACGCCGUCAUGUGUCUAAAGUUCCUGUUAGAAGGGAACAGGGAAAACCAGAAGAUGGUGGAGGAUCUUGAAGCGAGGGAGGUUGUCAAAGAUGAUGGGGGCUUGUUGGAACGGAGUGGGUUCGAGGCUGUGAUUGAUAAGACGGGCAAAUUGGCUAUUCAGCCCAAGUCGGAUACUGAUGGGGUUACCAGGGUAAGCAUGUGA